AUGCCACGCUUCCGACCCCGCUCCCCUUCUUUCCACGACCCCGUCCCCUCACCCGGCUAUCAGCUGCUCAACGAAUUCAAGGAUCGUCUGGGCUCGGAGACGCUCAGUCCGGAGCUUGCGCACCAACUGUUCGGCAAAUUGCUUCGUCAACCCGUCAAGGUACCAGAACGCGCGCUCAACGGCUUUUUUGCCUCCCUCGCGCGUGCCCCACCCUCCAUCGCCUGCCCCGAUGGCCCUGCCCUGGCCAUCGCCCUCUUCAAACAAAUGGCCCGAGCAGGCCAACGCCCGGUGACGGCACCCACCGUUCACACAUACAGCAUACUGAUUGAUUGCUGCCACCGUGCACGCCGCCCGGACCUAGGGCCUGCCUUCUUCGGCCACCUCCUCAAGGCAGGUAUCAGGGAGGAUGUCAUCACUUUCAACAAUUUAUUGAAGUGCCUCUGUGACAUGAAGCGAACGGAGGAGGCUCUGGACAUGCUGCUCCACAGGAUGCCCGGCGACCUUCCUAAUGUCAUCACCAGACGUGGCCACUCUCCCAACGUGGUUUCAUACAACAUGGUAAUUGGUGGCUUCUUGAAGGAGGGUGAAAUAAGCAAAGCUUUGGAUCUAUUCCGUGAAAUGAUACAGCAGGGGGUUGUGCCUAAUGUGGUGACAUAUAAUUCCAUUAUUGAUGGGCAGUGCAAAGCAAGAGCAAUGGACAAGGCAGAGGGGGUCCUUCGGCAAAUGGUCGAUAAUGGUGUUCGGCCGAAUACCGUGAGUAAUAGUAGCCUGAUCCAUGGAUAUUCAACUUUGGGCCAGUUGGAAGAUGUUGCUAGGUUGUUGGAAGAAAUGAAAACUCAAGGUAUCAUGUGGGACGUUUUUACUUGCAGCUCAUUCAUGGACUAUCUUUGCAAGACCGGAAGAAUCAAAGAAGCUGCAGAAUUAUAUUAUUCCAUGGCUGAGAAGGGCCAUAAACCCAAUGUUGUCUCAUACAACACGCUUAUUGAUGGCUUCUUGAAAGUGGGUGAAAUAAGCAAAGCAUGUGAUCUAUUUCAUGAAAUGAUACAGCAGAGGAUUGAGCCUGAUGUGGUGACGUAUAAUUCCAUUAUUGAUGGGCUGUGCAAAGCAAGCGAAAUUGACAAGACAAAGGUGGUCCUUCGGCAAAUGGUCGAUAAUGGUGUUCGGCCGGAUACGGUGACAUAUAAUAGCCUGAUCCAUGGAUAUUCCACUUCAGGCCAGUCGGAAGAAGUCGCUAGGUUGUUGGAAGAAAUGAAAACUCAAGGUAUCAUGUGGGACGUUUUUACUUGCAACUCAUUCAUGGACUAUCUUUGGAAGACCAGAAGAAUCAAAGAAGCUGCAGAAUUAUUUUAUUCCAUGGCUGAGAAGGGCCAUAAACCCAAUGUUGUCUCAUACGGGAUUAUGCUUCAUGGUUAUGCUAAGUGCGGCAAGAUGGACGCAGCAAUGCUUGUCUUCGAAGAUAUGUUGAAGCAUGAUGUGAACCCUGAUCAGGUCACAUAUUUAAUUGUGAUAGCUGCAUUUUGCAGAAUGGGCAGGAUGGAUGAUGCCAUGGACAAAUUCAGUGAGAUGAUUGAUAUGGGAGUACCACAUGACAAUAAUGUUUAUGAGUGCAUGAUCAAGGGUUACUUUAGACAAGGUGAUUUGGUGCAAGCCAACAAAUUGUUUACCGAAAUGAAGAACAAGGGUAUUCGUCAUAGCCCGCGGAUGGGUAAUGAAACAAGACACAAUAUGUUUGACUUGGUUAUUGGUACUGGUAUGGCCUGAUCCUGUUACACAAACUUCAAUGACCAAUGGAUAUUGCUUAGUGUCCAACAUGGAGAAAACAUUCAGGGUAGAUACUGCGGUAUCACCUGGCGCUGCGCUAGUGUUAUUACUCAGCACUUGUUACUUAGCAUGGUUAUGCUCUCAUAUCUUGUAGUUGGAUAGGUUUCUCUAGUUGCUCUGAUAUCUCAUUUGGUAUGAAGCCAAAUGUGCUGUUAUUCUGGUUUCUCUUGUACUAGAAUUCGAGAAUUGUGAAUUUGUUCGUUUCUGUUUACUUGUAGUUGGAUA